AUGACAGAAGUUCAGCUGCCCUGAUCUGUGUGGAAAGGUUAAAAGACUGGAGAUGUUUAGACUUGGGACCCUGACUACAAUGGUAGGUGAAGAUUAUACUUCCAUAAGACACCGCCAGCCGAGUUCUACGGGACACGGGACCCCUGAGAAGAAUGAAAUGCAGAAGAGAUCUGAGGCAGAGAAGCCAUUCCAAAACUCAAGCAAUGGUUGGGUUGAUGUCGACCAUGGGAUAACAAAGAAAAUGCAGCUAAUAGCAGAGGCUGAGGAGUUGAAGCCGGCAUUCAUGAAGGAGGUGGACAGUCACUUUACAGAGUUUGUGAACCGUUUGAUAGCAAAGUCUGUGCUUCUGGAAUCCUCCACAGCAACAUCCACCUUCCCUGUAGCUACCUGCUCAGAGAGAGACCUGCACAAAACCAAGGGCUUGAGAGCACCUCCAGAACAUGGAAAGCUCUUUACUGCUAGGAGGUCCAUCUUGGAUGAGCUGUUUGAAGUGAACCACAUCCGGACAAUCUACCACAUGUUCAUCGCUCUCCUCAUCCUCUUCAUUCUCAGCACACUUGUAGUAGACUUUAUUGAUGAAGGAAGGCUGGUGCUUGAAUUUGAUCUUUUGGUCUUCGCUUUUGGCAAGUUUCCUGUUGUCAUUUCCACCUGGCUCUGCAUGUUUCUGUCCACGUUCAUUUUACCCUAUGGCCUCUUCCUGCAGUGGGCCCAGGGCCACUGUUGUUCCUCCCACCGGAAAAUCCGCUCCCUCUUCUUCGGGAUGCUCUUCAUGCUCUUCCAAAGCAUCGGGCUUGGGCUUGGGCCAACGUAUGUUGCUGUGUCGUAUGCUCUACCUCCAGCCUCUCGGUUCGUUAUAAUACUUGAACAGGUUCGUCUAAUUAUGAAGGCUUAUUCAUUCAUUAGGGAGAAUGUUCCUCGGGUCCUGUCUUCAGCCAAGGAGAAGUCGAGCACCGUCCCAGUUCCCCAAGUUACCCAGUAUCUGUACUUCCUCUUUGCUCCCACCCUCAUCUACAGGGACAACUAUCCGAGGAAUCCCAUGAUAAGAUGGGGUUAUGUAGCUACCAAGUUUGCACAGGUGAUUGGUUCGCUUUUUUAUGCCUACUACAUCUUUGUGCGACUCUGCAUCCCUCCAUUUCGGAACAUAAGUCAGGAACCCUUCAAUCUGCGAGGGCUGGUCCUCUGCAUUUUCAAUUCCAUCCUGCCAGGCGUUCUGAUUCUCUUCUUGGUCUUCUUUGCAUUCCUUCACUGCUGGCUUAAUGCAUUUGCUGAGAUGCUGCGCUUUGCAGACAGAAUGUUCUACAAGGAUUGGUGGAACUCCACAUCGUAUGCAAACUAUUACCGAACAUGGAAUGUGGUGGUACAUGACUGGCUGUAUUACUACGCUUACAGGGACUUUCUGUGGUUCUUUGGUAAGAAGUUCAAAGCUGCUGCUAUGCUGUCUGUCUUUGCUGUCUCAGCUGCCGUACACGAGUAUGUCCUGGGAGUCUGCUUUGGUUAUUUUUAUCCAGUCCUCUUCUGCCUCUUCAUGUGCUUUGGAAUGGUUUUCAACUUCAUUCUUAAUGACCGUCGGAAAGGGCCCAUUUGGAAUGUGAUCAUGUGGACCUCUCUCUUCCUGGGCCAAGGUGUCAUAAUUUGCCUUUACAGUCAGGAGUGGUAUGCACAUCAGUAUUGCCCCCUGAAAAAUCCCACGUUCCUGGACUAUGUGAAACCACGUUCCUGGGAUUGUCAUAUUCAGAUUUAAAACCAUUAAACCCAGCUUUCAUCUUACCUCCCAUAUCUGAAGAUCAGCCUGUGCUCCUCCAAGGACAGGGACCAAUGACAUAAUUCACUUCAAAUCUUUUUUAAGGGAAGUUGUGCCUCCAGAUUAUUGGAGAUAAACUGUUUUUGUAACUUUACUGAGGCAGCCCAGUUGAAGUGGACUGCAGCAGGCGUCCAGGUAGCUCUCAUUGCACACUGCUCUAGUCAGUCAUUCCCAUGUCAGUCAUGAAACACUGAGAUGAAGGUCAUGUCCAUUGGAAUUUUGCUACUCUUCAUCCAGACAGUAGAUCGUCUGGUCAGACUAAGUAGAGCUCAGCGGUAGCCUCUGUCCAUCUGUUUCUUAGACAUUCCUUCAGAGUUGUUUUCUCCUUCAGUAACUGGAGACGUCUACAGAAUUUGUAUGCUCUUUGGAACCCUCCUUGUUGCUAUGGUAGUAUUAUGUGACAGAGCAACAUGUCUUUGCAUCAUAGUCCAAGUAAUGGUGGAUGGCUUUCUGUGUCCUCUGUCUGGAAUUACUUUCCACAGACAGUACAUAGGGAUUGAAAAUGGGCUGGGGAAAGUUAAUUUUUAAUGCUGAAGACUUUUUCUUUCUGUGGUUGCAGUGAAUGAUCAGUUGCUACUGGCUAUAUGAAAAUAUUUGCUAUACUCAAAAGUAGGGCCCUGAGUGCAUACAUUCUUAAAAAAACAAAAACUUUUAUUAUACUAAAAAAGCUUAAGAUUGGCCUCUAAAUCACAAGAGCCUGACCUCUUUGGCUGUCAGAAUUCCAACUACAGCUCUUAUGCCCCUUGGCUUUUUCCUAUUGUGCUCUGAAGCUCAUGUGACUAUGAGCAGUAGGAGUUUGCUUUUUCUGACAACUUCCCUCCCUGUAGCCCCUAGACUAAUCAGUUAUCUUAGGGGGAUACAAAACUGUCAAAUUAAAGUGAAAAGUUGUUACUGUGCAUGUGCACUUACUAUUCUGUAUAUGUUAGUAUGCAUUGAGUAUUAUGGAGCAGUUUGAAAAAAUCCCAUUGAUUUCAGUGAUUUGUAUUCUCAUUCAAAUGGCUCCACUGUAUACAAUGCCCAUUAAUCUUGCCACAUGUUGACAAGAUGCUCCAUAAUGGCUUCCUGACACAAAAGCAGUUGGAAAUAAGGGGAUGAAUCAAAGCCUUCCCCCCACACUCCCAUCACUCUAAAUCACUACUUUUACAAUGGAAAGCCACAUCUCCCUUGGACUGUUGCAUCAAAAAUAUAUGGAGUCAGGAAAAGUUCAUGCCCUGCUUUGGGAGGGAGAGGGGACCAUUGCACUGCUACAAGGAGAGAGACUCUGAUAAAUGGAUAUUCAAACUGGGAAUAUUCUCUUUACCACAGCAGUUGCACAUGAUUGUAUCUAAUUGAAGUUCCCUUCCAGUUACUGUCUGCUUCCCUUUCUAUAUGGAGAUGUCAGUUCUGCACUCUAGGUUACAAAUUAGUUCAGAAACUAACCAUAUAACUCCUGUUUAUCUGAAUGGCAUUUAUUCAUUUAAGUGAUGCACAUCAGGGACACAAUUGAAUUGUAUCCUACAGUAAUUACAACUUCCAUUGCAGGAAGGAGCUGAGUGGUAGAGAACAACUUGGCUUUCAUUAAGUACUGUAAUUUCA